AUGGAAGCACUAUCUUUGAAAAUUUUGGCUAAAGAAACAAUUAAAAGUCUUCUUAAAUUUGGUGGUGCUCGUAAUGAAGAUGUUGUUACAUGGUUACACGAUGCUGAAGAAGUAUUUGAUCGAGCACAGCUUCGAUCAUCAAAUAAAUAUAUAGCUGUACAAUACUAUUUAACUCAUACGGCUGAAAAAUGGUUUCGAUUGAACAAGUCAUCUAUUCCUGAUUGGUCCACAUUUAAACGUGAAAUUAUUAAAGCUUUUCAACCAACAUGUCAUCAAACAUUCUUAAAAAUGAAACAACGUUUACAAUUACCUCACGAAUCUGUUAUGGAAUAUUAUUCUGAUAAAAUUCAAUUGUGUUUACAAGCUGAUUCAAAUAUGAGUGCAUCAAUAAUAAUUCAUGAUUUAAUUACAGGAUUAACACAAUCAUUAAUUCCUCAUGUUAUUCGUCGACAUCCUUCUACACCUGCUGAUUUCCUUGCUAUUGCACAAGAUGAAGAACAUAUACAAUUUACUUUAAAUGAUUUAUCACGUGCUUCAAUAAAUCCACCUGAUAAUUAUCCAAACAAUAAUGAUCCUAUUGAUCCAUCAGUUAUGGUCGUAACACAACACAUUAAUGCUGACAAACGUCCUCCACAUUGUCAACAACCGUCCUUGUUUUCACCAUCACGUGUUCAUGAUCAACAUCAAUUCACAUUUAAUAAAAAAUUACAAGAAAUCAAACCAGAACAAGUUAUCUUACAGAUACCUAUUUCAAAUUCAACAAUAUCACAAAAGGGUGUGGGUGUGUGUGGGUGGGUGUGGGUGUGGGUGUACCUAUUCCCUUUACCUCCAGACCCACACCCACACCCACACCCACACACACCCCCCCACCCCCCCCC